UUUUUCUCUCUGUCUAAUCGAUUUGUGUCUUUUAUGAACUCUCUAAAUCGAGUUUUUCCUUCUUAUGCUUUGAUAUUUUCCCGGAAAAUGUAGGAAACAGGAAGAGAAAUUAAACCCAGAAAUUUGAAUUCCCUAUUGUUUUAGAAAGGAUAAACCCUGCUGUUUGAUGAUUCAUCUAGGAAUUUCUGUUCUGGUUUAGAAACCUUGUUAAGUUGUUCAAAAUUGUGUCUUUGAAGUGGUUGAUUUGCUUGCACCAUGAGAAGAGGUAGAGGAAAAGUAAUGAAGCAGGCUGUUGUUUCGUCUCAUGAAGAUCCCGGGAGCGGUGACGAAGAAAGAAUUCCGGCAAGUAAUAGAGGAGGGAGGCUGCAAAUCCAAUUCAAUGAUGAUAUCGAGGAAGGCGAAGCGGAGAAGAUUGAAGACGACGGUGAAGAUGUAAAUGGUUCGGUUCCUAUCAAGGGGAUGAAAAAUCCGCCUGCCAAGGAGAAUGGAAGGAAGCGGAAUAGGCCUACACAGGCGAAAGAGAAUGGGAUCGCAACGAAGUUAAGCACCGGUGAUUCGAUCAAACCUGUUGGAUAUCGACAAAACGGUAGCAGGCGCAAAAACAAACCUCGACGGGCAGCUGAAGCUGUUGUUGAGUGCAAGUGAAGAGGUUCCGGACAACCAUCCCUGAGGAUUCCACCUUCUGUUUUCAUGUCAAAAGUAGUUCUUGUUUGCUCUUGUAUGAGUUUAGUUGUUUCUUUUUGCCAUACUUGAUUAGUUUGUUGUCGUUUUGGGAUUCGAUAUCACUAAUGGAUGAUUUCGGAUCCGAGUUUGUAGAUGAGUUUACCAGUGCCUGUCUUGUAACAUUCCAUGGAUUUGGAAACCUGAAGAUGUU